CGGUUCAGUGCGGACUGAUUUCAGAUCCAAACGCAGCCCAGUUCUGGGUCCCCCCCCCUCUUCUCUAAGCCAGCUGGUCUGGCUUAAUAUCACUUUUAUCACUUUUGUCUUUUGAAUCCUUUCUUGUUUGAUACAAGGGAUUGACUGAGCAACACCCACAGCUGGAGCUGCUGGGGGGAACCUUCCAGGUGAAGACGGAAGAAAAAGCACUGGUGCUUUGCUGACGGAGAGAGAGAGAGAGAGAGAGAGAGAGAGAGAGAGAGAGAGAGACUUCCCUCCGAUGGACCGAACCGCUGGACGGACACACGCAGAGGAAAAGUGACGUGGAGGACAUGCGGAGCUGAGCGGGGAGGAGCCAGAAAAAACAAAAACUGCCAGAAAAAAAGAAAAAAAAAACCUGCCAGGAGCUCGAAAGUCAGUCAAAAGGAGCCGAAGGACGAAGACGUUUGAGACGAAGAGGAGAAGCUGAAAAAACAAAAAAGAUCGCCAAGAUGGGGAGAAAAAAGAUUCAGAUAGCGCGAAUCAUGGACGAACGGAACAGACAUGUGACAUUCACCAAGCGCAAGUUCGGUCUGAUGAAGAAGGCGUACGAGCUGAGCGUGCUGUGCGACUGCGAGAUCGCCCUCAUCAUCUUCAACAGCACCAACAAGCUGUUUCAGUACGCCAGCACCGACAUGGACAAAGUUCUGCUCAAAUACACCGAAUACAACGAGCCCCACGAGAGCAGAACCAACUCCGACAUCGUGGAUACGCUGCGUAAGAAAGGCUUAAACGGCUGCGACAGCCCCGACAUCGAGGCCGACGACUCUGCGGGCCAGAGCCCAGAGUCAGACGACAAAUAUCGCAAGAUCAACGAAGACAUCGACCUGAUGAUCAACAGACAGAGGCUCUGUCAGGGUCUGCCUCCCUCCAACUACGACAUGGGCGUGUCCCUCCCCGGCAGUAACCCCAGCGGACUGCUCUACUCCCAGCCUGGAAUCGGCUGCGGCCUCAGUAACCACAACCUGCUGCCCAUCACGCACCUGCAGAGAAACAGCAUGUCCCCUCAACGGCCCUCCAGCACUGGGAAUGCAGGACUGAUGGGUUCAGAGCUGCCGAGCACUGUGGUCUCCACUGUGGGAAAUGGCAGCUACAGUAACCACUGCACCUCCCCCGGACUGAUGUCUCCAGUUUCUAAGAACAUGCAGGACAAGAGUCCUCCGAUGAGCAUGAACCGUAAACCUGACCUCCGCACACUGAUGCCGCCCUCCAACAAGUGCAACAACAUGCCCACCAUUAACCAGAGAAUAAAUCACUCUCAGAGCGCUCAGACGCUGUCCACUCCUGCCGUGUCCAUCGCUGCUCAGACUCUACCUGGACAGGGGAUGGGCGGGUAUCCGUCCACGCUCUCCUCUUCUUACGGCACAGAGUUCUCCCUCGGCAACGACCUGUCCUCCCUGUCUGGGUUUGGAGGUUCUGGCCUCGGAUCCGUCACGAACUGGCAGCAACAGCAGAUACAGAAUCUGCAGCACUCAGCGCUCGGACACAUGGGGAACUUGUGUCAGAACUCGAACCUAAACCUCGCCUCCGGUCAUCAGCAUCUCCACAUCAAGUCCGAGCCCGCCUCCCCUCCGAGAGACCGGAGCGUGGGAAUGAUGGGCACGGGACUCGGAGGAUGCGUCACCACAGCCGGAUACUCCAUCGCCGGCCGGGGUCCCAGCGAGCCGGGCCGCUCCCCCGGCGACAGCGCGUCCAGCUGCGGGAGCUCGUACGAGGGCAGCGAGGAGCGCGAUGAUCACCACGGGAACGACAGCUUCCUCCUCCGACCUCUGUCCAGUCAGGAGGAGCACCACAGCCCGUCAGUAAAGCGGAUGAGGCUAUCAGAGGGCUGGGCGACAUGAUGGGAGUCGGUCUGCAGCCAGAAUGGCUGGGGGUGUUAGUAAAGUUACCUUAUAGUGUUAUUAUUAUUAUUAUUAUUAUAAUUAUCAUAUUCUUCUUGUACUGAGUGGGUGUGCUAUAUGUGUAAUGGUAACAUGUACGUGAGGGUCUGAGCAGAGUCAGACUUGUUUUCUGAGGAAAGAUCGCACAUUUAUCAAACUUCUAAUAAUGACAGCAAUCAAAACAUUUGUCACAGCAAAUAAGCAACCGAGCAAAAUAUUGAUUACAGCCAGAGACAAAGAUUCACCCUACAUUUACCCCACUGUCCUCAAAUCUCUAUAUUUGACUGCUUAUAGAAGCACAUUGUUGACCAGUUGACUGCUUUUCAAUGUGUAAAAUAGGUGGAGUUCCCCUUUAAUUAGUGAAAAAGGAAAAAUAACUGCCCUUUACAUCAUUUCUGAUGACGUACUUUUCAUCAUGUCCAAUUAUGUUGACUGCAACACGACUUUUAUUCUGAAGUCUGUGAGUCAAAGUGAAGGAUUUUCACAUUAAUGUCUCUUUUAGCAGUUUGAUAAAUGCUGCAGGACGACGAUCUGAGACGAACGUGCACAGAACCGGCUGGACAGUCUGUCGGUGUACAUGUAUUUGCUUGUGUUGUGUGUGUGUGUUCGGGGCAGGAGGGGGAGGGGAGGGGCCGGGUAUAAGUAAAUAACAAAUAUGUUACAUGCACAUUCACGUAUGUGCACAUGUAUGCAAACUAACAAAAAAAAAAAAGAGGUAAAAGUGAAGAAGUCUGGUACUCUGAAGCUACUGGUGAGUUUAAUAAACAUGUGGAUCAUUAGGAGCCGAGAGCAGGCGUGCUGAUCAGUCCACGCCGUGUUGCAGGUUCAACAUAUUUGCGCACAUUAAAAAAAAACAUAUAGCACAUUUUAAAAAAAACAUGAUUGUAUGGAAGGUGAAAGUGCGGCAGAUGAACGAGGGAGGAAAGAGAGGAAGUACAGCGAGAGGAGGAGAAAUGAAGCUCCGGUGAGAGAGGGAUGUGAGUGAUGAGAAAGUUUCAGGACGAGUGACGAGAAAGUUAUUUGCAACAGGUUGCAUAGAAAAAAAAAAAAAGAAGCUUUGGACAAUUUUCACUUGAUGUGAAGACGCUUAUCAGAGUUAGUGAAUCAUUUUCAGAGCUGUGUUUAGAAAAAAUGUGAUUUUUAUUGAAUUCAGUCCAGAUACACAAAAAUAUGGAAGCAAAAAAAGAAAGACAGAGAAGAUUUCAGUCUUAUUCUGUUACAGCAAAACAAUUAAAUGAACCACGACUGAAUACUUCUUAAUUUUAGUGAUUUUACACAUGAUUAAAUAUGUGAUAUAAACAAAGAGACACUCACAUACAGACACAAAUAUACACAUAUUAAUUAAACAUAAGCAAAAGCCCAAGCAGGACAAUGUUUAACAAGAUGUUAGAGUCAUUAUAAAUAACUGGUGAUCAAGACAAAAAAAUAAAACAAGUUUAACGAAAGGCAUGUUUUUUUUGUGCAGCAUCCUCCCAAAACAUAAGGUCAAUUAUGAAGCAUUAACAAAAUAAACCCAAGAAACUAUAUAAAUAAACUUUUAAAUAGGAAACAAUAUGCUAAGUUAGAAUAAACCUAAUAUUUUGGGUUUGCAAAUUCAUAUUCUUGAAAAUUUCAGUGUCUUAUAUUGACAGAAACUAUUUAGAAAGUUAAGCGUAGCCAAAUAAAUGUAGUUGCUCAAAUUAGCUUCACAUCCGAUGUGAAACUUUAAAAACAUUUCGACAAAAACAGCACCUCAUUAUCUACGUUUAAAUACAGCUGAACUGAAUAUUUCACUUCAUUUCAUUCCCACAAAACAUUUGAGACAUAAAACCCAGUUACAGAACUUAAAGUUGCUCAGAUUAGAUCGAUAUCAGAUGCUACAAUUUAACAUGAAAUUCAGGUUUUGCAACGACAUCAAAAACAAAAUUAACAAAAAACACAAAAAUUCACAUUGAUGGCUUUUAAAUUAGAAAGCUUGAGUUUGACGGUAUUUGAGUAUUCAGUCGUGGUUACAUUUCACAAUUUAUUUAAAUUUGGUUAUUGUGGUUUGCUUCCAUACAAACAAAACCACGUUAUUUUCCUAUAAAACAAACAAAGCUCCUGUGGUUUUACAUAUCAAACAGUGAGGAGUCACAUUCAGACCUUCCUCAUGGCCUUGUUAUGCACAGAGACAGUUAGCAUGAGCUGAUAGAUUAGCGGGAUUUAGCAGAGUGAGGGUUGCACUCCUAUUUAAAAAAAAAAAAAAAAAAAAAUUAAAAAAAGCCAUAUCCGACAGGACAGUGAUGCUUUGCUGCACAAAGUUUAUAGUGUUGUGUUUUUUUUUUAAUUCCUUAUUAUAUCAAAUUGAUAUUCUUGGAUGUCUGCAGCUCUAUUUAAUAAGAUAACAGUAAUAUAAUGUAAAGCAGAGAGGUGCACGACAUUUUCUAAUAAAACAUUCAGGGAGAUUUUAAGUUGAAUUGAGAUGAAAGAUUCACCUUUUGAAAAAAAAAAAAAGCUCAGCUGGUGUCAGACUCGACAGUUUUAUCACAGUGACAAUCUGCUGUUUUGUUUUUUGGUGUGUUUUUUUUUUUCAGACCCCGGCACAACAAUUGCAAACGAUUGCACGUCAAUACUUCGUGGUGAUUAUUAGAAUAUACAGUAUUUACGGUGGUGGAGGGAGUACUCGGAUACAUUUACUGACGGGAAACAACAGCCAUAAUAGUUGAUUACAAGUCAGUUAUUCAAAACACUUAAAACACUACUUAAAUAAAAUUAUCAUCAGCGUCGACUGGUUAAUGUCGUCUGUGACAUUAUGAGAUUAAUUCUGAUGCAUUGAUGUCAGAGCAGCAUUUUAUUGUUCAGUUUGAGUUACUUUAUAUACAGUUAGCUACUUUAUUCCAGUUGUUACCAACCCUGACACGUCCUCAAGGAUCAGAGAACGAUCCCGACUGUUUUAUUUAUUUACUUUUUUGGGAAUCUGGCUUGUAAGAUCCCCUUGAAUACACUUGAGUAAAAUGUCCUCGGUUCCUUUCCACCACUGUAUGUUUGUGCUGUUACUCUACAAGGGCAUCAUAGACAUUUUGAAUAAUCCGUGCCUUGUACCUCAUCUGGGUCUGACACCCGCCACAAUAAAAGUCUGGACAGACUAGAUGACGCUGACUGAUAUCCACUUUUUCUUUUUUGUUUUUAUUUAAAAGAGAGACAGAGAGGUGGCUGAGGGUUGUUCACAUUUGAAUAUUUUGGUUUAAAAACUGUAUAUUUGGAGCUCAGACCUUCAGCCACAGUCCUCCGCGUCUGUUUUUGCCCCGUUUGCUGUAAAUCCAGCAGCUAAAUUCACCCAUUUGAAAUCCCUGAAGCUUUUUGUAGUUAGAAAGGGCAGAGCCCAGAGACGUUUUUUUUCUUCUGCACUCCUUUUCUUUUACGAUGACCGUGUUGUCUCCUGGUUGGUCGGCCUCCAGCUCAGAACUUCCUGCAGAGCCUGAAGGGGACAGGAGAGCCAGGAGCUCGUCCUCAGGCUCCAGGUGGAGCCCACUGCGUGCAGGUGGAGGUGGAACGUGGAGUGUAAACUAACCAAAGUGUGAAAUUCUCUCUUUAUUUGUGUUUUUUUGGUUUGAUUCUUUAAUAAGUAACUGCCUGGACUUUGUCAAAUCUGUCAUGUACUUGUACCUCAAAUGCCCCGAUGAAAUUAUUUGUAUUUGGCGACAUGAGUUGAAUGUCCUCUGUACUGUAAAUGUACACUUUGGGCUGUAUUUUCCCCUCUUUACGUGCACUAAUGCUU